UAUAGUGGCAUCGCUAGAUUCCUCGGCUUUUACAGUUAUUUUAUUUAUUUUUAUUAAAUUAUUAUUAUUUAAGCGUCUUAAAAUGCUUAAUUUAGCCACGGAAGGAACGGAUACCCCGGCCUUUAGCACUGCAAAUGGACCUUCGACUAGUGCGGAAGAGGAUAACAAUGCACGGUGCCGUCUGUGCCACCAAGCGGCAGAGACCGCGGUGAACAUUUUUGAGAAUGAUGUGGAUUUCGGUAGCAUGGGUAGCAUAGCAAAUCUCUGCCAGAAUUUAUACGGCGUGCAGUAUGAACGCCAUGAAUUGCUACCGGAAAGGAUAUGUUCACGUUGCCUGGAGUUACUUGAGGAUUUCUAUAUGCACCGCAAGGGCAUGGAACAGCGGGAGCUAGCCUUACUGGCGGAACUUGGCGAGAUGCUGAAACAAGAUGCCAAAUAUCGUCCUGGUCUCAAUGGCAAUCCUGGUAUUUUUGAACCGGAAGAAGGAUGCAUUAUUGUGGAUGUCGAUCCUGAUAAGCUGUCGGAGACAAGCGAAGAUGAAUUGUAUGAUGAUGACGAUGAUGAGAAUGGAGAAGUCGAAGAUGAGGAGGAUGAAGAGGAGGAGGACGAGAACAUGCAAGCACAAAAUGGCGAUGAAAUGGAGAUGCCUUUGGGGAUGGACGCCGCGCAGAUGGCCUUGAUGGGAGCGGCGAAUCUAUCACAAGACGCGACCAUGGACUCACGGCCCAAAUGUGCCUAUUUGUGCCAGUUUUGCGAUUUGGGCUUUACUUUACAAUCUGAUUGUCAGCAGCACGAAAAGACAUCUCAUGAUGCAGCUGCUCCAUAUAGUUGCAGCUAUUGUAACUUGCGUAUGACAACUAGACCUCAAUUGAUUACCCAUAUUAAGACACUUCAUGAUGCUGACCGACCCUAUGUCUGUGCCCAUUGUCGCAAGAGCUUCGUGCGACGCUCAGAUUUAAAGAAACACACUAUAGUUCAUACUGGCGUGCGUCCCUAUACCUGCAGUGUGUGCGGCAAGAGCUUUUCCCGCAACACUAAUCUGACCAAACAUAUGCGCAUUCACAGCGGUGUAAAGCCAUUUGUGUGCCAGCAAUGUCCACGCUCUUUCCAAACGUCUUCGGAGAUGAUGAAGCAUAUGCGUUCCCAUGCUGAGAUCAAACCUUUCCAGUGUCAGCGCUGUCCGUAUUCAUCAUCGCGUAAGGACAAACUGGUGGCACAUCAGCAAGUGCACAAUAAACGUGACGUAGAGCAGCAGCAGCAGCAACAACAACAGGGUCAGGUUCAACUGCAGCCGCAAAUGCAACCGCAACUCCAGCCGCACAUGCUACAAAAUUAUCUUUACCAACAAACCGACUUUACUCCGAAUAAAGUUAAACCUCCUGCACAGUCAAAAUCAUCACGUAAUUUUCAUUGUGAUGUCUGCGACAGGAGUUUUCAGCGCGAAAGAGAUCUACAGCGGCAUCGGGCUCUUCACAUGGAUACGCUCUUCUCCUGUAAAAUCUGUCAACAGGGUUUCAAUCGUCGCGAACAGCUGCAACGUCAUGAGCUUGAGGCUCAUGGCCCUAGCUACACCUGUGGCGUUUGUUGCAUUAGUUUUUUGCAUCAAACGGAACUGGAGAAUCAUUUUAAAGUUCAUCAACUUCAACAUCAGAUGGCCAAAAGUACUCAGGAGGCUAUGAAUGUGGCUGCCGUGCAGACAGCUGCAGGCAAUGUUCUACCCAUUCCCGUUUCCAUGCCAAUGAUGCCCGUGGAGCAGGCACAACUACGUCCUUCAGCCGCAGAUAUUCAUUUUUAUAGCAACAUGAUACCCACUAUGAAUUUAGGCUUCUAUAAUGAAACCCGACCGGAAGAAUAAUAUGAUUAUUAUUAAGCACAACGAAAUAUAAGUUAAGCGAAAAGUGUAAAUUACAAAACAAAGUUAGUCUCGAUAAUAUGAUAAACCUAAACAUAAACAAAACUAAAGAAUAUAAUUUUUAAAAAUAAAGCAAAAGGAAUUAAGUUGUUUUCAUAA